UUUUGUGGCGACGCCCUGUUGAGUGGGUGGGCCAGGGAAACAUACCGCGGACAACUACAACAACAACACGAUAGACUUAAAUCCGCAAUUUUAACGUUGUCGUUUUGUCGGAGUGUUGGUGUGACAGUAACAUGUCAGCAGUUGCACAUAGUUGAUGAACUACACGCAGUAGUAUCGCGCUCACCAGGUCGGCUCUGGACUCGAGAUGUGUCGCUGCACGAUGUUCGUGUUGCUUUUGACACUCGGUAUCGCUCUCUGUACCGGCUAUGAGACUGAUGAUGUGAAUUAUGGCGACCAAUUCAGGAUAAGGCUGUCUUAUAGAGCCCACACGCUGAUGUUUUUCCGUGAUGGCAACUCAGAUGGGACGAUCCUGUGGAGCCGUUACAGUUCUGCAGACACUGACAGGGGGAACAAGAUUGGUGUCUACUAUAUAAUAGAUAAAUCAACCCCACAGGACAGUGGCAGGUAUGAAGUAAGGGAUAAAAAUGGCGACCGUCUGUCCGAAAAGUCAAUUUCUGUAAACGCAAUCACAAGGACCAUUCAACUGACAGCUCAUGAGGAAUUCGGCUUCAAUUUUAAUCUAGAACAAGACUCCUGUAACAUAAAAUUUAAACCAUUAAGUCAAUAUGAAGAGUUUGUUUUAGUUGUUAGAGGCACAAUGCGGAGGGUUAAAUAUAACGAUAUCUGUGAAGAGCUUAGAUUUUCGCCACCAUGUGAGAUUUACUGUAAGGAAGUUAUAAAGUCAUGCGAAGGAUACUUUGAGGUCCAUGACAAUGAUGACAACCUGGCUUGGCGGUUGGAACUGAGUGUUGAGUCUCCCGAAUUUGAGGCUUUUGAUGUAAAUUCCGUCAUUUUUCCCACUGUCAUUCCCGGUGUCAUAAUUGCCUGCUGUUGUUGUUUGAGGCGCCUAUGCUGCAAGAAAAGCUCCAAAAAGGACAAACCGACUGAAAAUGAACCUGUUCUGUUGAGGAGGACUGAUUUCAGUGAACACUCUGAGACGCCAUACCCAGCUCAGCCUAAUGCUUCAACUGGCCCACUGAUACACAACCCUCCUGUGAAUGUACCGCCUGCAUAUUCUGAGGUUUCAGCUCCACGAGUCCCGACACAUGCUCCCAAUGUCCCUCCCUCCUAUGCUCCCACUGUCCCUCCGCCAUAUGCUCCCACUGUCCCGGUGUCCUGGGAUCCCACUGUCCCUCCCUCCGAUGCUCCCACCGUCCCUGUAUCCUUCACUCCCACUGUCCCUCCCUCCUCUGCUCCCACUGUCCCGGUGUCCUAUAAUCCCACUGCCCCUCCUUCCUUUGCUCCCACUGUCCCGGUCUCCUUCGCUCCCACUCUUCUUCCCUCCUCUGAGUAUGAGCCACGCUUUGAACUGAAGAGUUUUACCCUUUCCUCAUACUCCCCUCUCAGUUCAGACUCAACUGAGGGCGGUGUCUAUCAUUCAGACAAGCUGAACUUCUGAAAACCUUCAAAUUUAAUGGUGCACUCAAACUGGUCAAGUUUCACAUUAGCGUUACGUUAAAAAAUAGUUUCAUAUUUAGGUAUACAGUGUGUAUAUAUAUAUAUAUAUAUAUAUAUAUAUAUGUGUGUGUAUGUGUGUGUGUGUG